AUGUCUGAAAUCUCAAUGGGCUGCGUAUUGGGGCAACAUGACUCAUCUAGAUGGAAAGAACAUGUCAUCUACUAUCUAAGUAAGAAGUUUGCGGAUUAUGAAACUCGAUAUUCUAUGUUGGAGAAGACAUAUGGAGACGUGAUGGCUCUAUCUUUAAAUGAUGGAGAAAGGGAAGCAAAGGAAAGAUGUACUUUGGUGUUUGAUGGGUCCUCCAACAUGGUGGGCCAUAACAAUGAAAUCAGAAAGUUGCAAGUAUACGGUGAUUCUCAAUUAGUGAUUUGUCAGUUGAAUGAUGAAUGGAAGACUAAAGAUGAGAAAUCGAUACCAUACCACCGAUUCAUUAAAGAGGGGAUGAAUUUGUUUGAUGACAUCGUGUUUGAUCACAUCCUAAGGGAAGAGAAUCAGAUAGCAAACACGCUGGCAACACUAGCUUCAAUGUUUGACCUAUAUCCUAACGGGCAAGUUCAAGUCAUAGAGAUUGAAAAAAAGGAGAAGUGUGCUUAUUAUUCGAAUAUAAAGAGGGAGUCGGAUGGAAAACCAUGGUUUCAUGAUAACAAACUAUAUUUAGAAAAGAAGGAAUACCCAGAAAGAGCAUCAGAAAAUGACAAGAGGAUUCAUCAAAGAUUGUUCGCAUCCUUUAUGUUGAAUGGCAAUGUUCUGUAUAAGCAAAGUUCUGGGAUGAUUUUGUUGCGAUGUGUGGAUAUAGAUGAGACAAAUAUGAUAAUGAAAGAAGUGCAUGAUGGGUUGUGUAUAACUCAUUCUAGUGGCUAUGCCAUGAUGAGGAAAAUAAUUUGA